AUGAGCGCGCCUCAAGGGAGCUACGGCUCCGUGGCCAACUCGGUCCCGGUGUCUAACGGCGACUCCGCCGCCUCCGCCGAGGAGGAGCAGCAACCUCUCCUCGGCCGGGGCGGAAAGCCGGCGUCCAAGUCCCUCCGCAAAAGGCUGACGACAGACGUCACGCGCGACUGGGCCGAUCUGGUCCUGCUCGCGUGCUACGCCAUCACCGGCCUGCUCGACAGCUCGUCCAUCUCCAUCUGGGGCUCCUUCGUGUCCAUGCAAACAGGAAACAGCGUCUACAUCGGCCUCGGCUUCGCCGCGCCCACCGAGUCGACCCGCUGGAUAAAGUCGGCCACCUCGCUCGUGUCCUUCUGUCUGGGGUCCUUCUUCUUUAGCCGCUUCCACCGCCGCUUCUCCCCGAAGCGCCGCUGGGUGCUCUGCGCCUCCUUCGCCGCGCAGGCGCUGUUCUGCGUCGCCGCCGCCGCCAUCCUCACCGUCGGGCCCCGGACGGCCGGCAAGGACGACGUCUCGUGGAACGUGCUCGUGCCCAUCGCCCUCGUCGCCUUCCAGAGCUGCGGCCAGGCCGUCACAAGCCGCGCGCUGCGGUACAACGCCCUGACCAGCGUCGUGCUGACGAGCAUCUACUGCGACCUGUUCUCCGACGCCGAGCUGUUCGCCGCCGUCAACACAGAGCGGAACCGCAGGGCCGCCGCCCCCGUCCUGCUCCUGGUCGGCGCCGUCCUCGGCGGCCUGUUCGCGCACAGCUCCUUCGGCAUCGCUGGCGCGCUGUGGGCCGCGGCCUUCCUCAAGUUCCUCGUCGUCUUGUCGUGGUUCUUCUGGCCUGGCGAUCCGGCCUCUGAUGAGUAG